AGGUGGCGGGAGAUUUCGGAUGUAUUGGCCCAUCGCGGGGCAGCGAGCGGUUAGUGCGCGGUGCUGCGGGCGUGGGACCCGGAAGGUGAGCCGAGGAGCCACGGCCCCAGGUCAGGUCGCGAUCGAGACCCGGGGAGAUGGAGAGGCAGCGGGCGCGCGCUCUCGGCCGGGACAGCAAGGCGCCGCGCAGGAAGGGCCUGUCUCCCGCGCCGCCCUCAGGCCCCCACGAGCCCGGCGAGAAGCGCCCCAAAUUGCAUUUAAAUAUUAGGACACUAACAGAUGAUAUGCUGGACAAAUUUGCCAGCAUAAGAAUUCCAGGGAGCAAGAAAGAGAGACCUCCUCUUCCCAAUCUGAAGCAUCUAUCUGGGAGCAGUGAUCACUCAUCAGCGUUUUCAGAGACAAGGGAAAACAUUCCCAAGCCACUAUCCGAGAAUGAAGUCUUAAAACUUUUUGAGAACAUGAUGGAAGAUAUGAAUUUAAAUGAAGACAAAAAGGCACCAUUGCGGGAAAAGGACUUCAGUAUCAAAAAAGAAAUGGUGAUGCAGUACAUUAAUACUGCUUCUAAGACAGGAAGUCUUAGAAGUAGCCGGCAGAUCUCACCUCAGGAAUUUAUCCAUGAGCUGAAAAUGGGCUAUACUGAUGAUAGACUUUUCACAUAUCUGGAGUCACUCCGCGUAUCAUUGACCAGUAAUCCUGUGAGUUGGGUACAAAGCUUUGGACAUGAAGGACUCGGAUUAUUACUGGACAUUUUGGAAAAACUGAUUAAUGGGCAAAUCCAAGAAAGAGUUGUAAAGAAGAGUCAGCACAAAGUUAUCCAGUGUCUGAAAGCCCUGAUGAACACACAGUAAGGCUUAGAAAGAAUUAUGAGUGAAGAGAGGAGUCUUUCCUUGUUGGCAAAAGGUUUGGAUCCCAAGCAGCCCAGCAUGAUGGCUGAUGUGGUGAAGCUUCUCUCCGCAAUGUGCAUUGUUGGGGAGGAAAGCAUCCUUGAAGAAGUUUUAGAAGCCUUGACAUCAGCAGGAGAAGAAAGAAAAAUUGACAGAUUUUUUCCCAUUGUCGAAGGCCUUCGGCACAAUUCCGUGCAGCUGCAAGUAGCUUGUAUGCAGCUCAUAAAUGCCCUUGUUACAUCUCCUGAUGAUUUGGACUUCAGGCUUCACAUCAGAAAUGAAUUUAUGCGUUGUGGAUUGAAAGAGAUAUUGCCUAACUUAAAGUGUAUUAAGAAUGAUGUUCUGGAUAUACAACUUAAAGUCUUUGAAGAGCACAAAGAAGAAGAUUUAAUUGAGCUCUCUCAUCGCCUUGAAGAUAUUAGAGCUGAACUUGAUGAAGCAUCUGAUGUUUAUAACUUGGUGUGGGACACAGUUAAGCAAACUAGAGCAGAGGGAUAUUUUCUUUCUAUUCUUCAGCAUCUUCUGCUCAUUCGAAAUGACCAUUUUAUAAGACAACAGUACUUCAAACUAAUUGACGAGUGUGUGUCACAGAUUGUAUUGCAUCGAGAUGGGAUGGAUCCAGACUUUACAUACAGAAAAAGACUAGAUUUGGACUUGAGUCAGUUUGUAGAUGUUUGCAUAGAUCAGGGUAAACUAGAAGAGUAUGAAGAGAAAGCAUCAGAGCUUUGCCAGAAAUUUGAAAAAGAGUUUACUGACCACCAAGAAACCCAGGCUCAAUUGCAGAAAAAAGAGGCAAAGAUUAAUGAGCUUCAAGCAGAGUUACAAGCUUUCAAAUCCCAGGUAAAAUACCAUCUCGGAUUGCAGAUCGGACCAAAUGAAAUGUCUGAAAACUGUUUCUGGGUAAAAGUAAAUGAAAAUAAGUAUGAAAAUACAGAUUUGCUUUGUAAACUUGAGAACACAUUUUGUUGCCAACAGAAAGUGAAAAUGAAUACAAAUGAUUUUGAAGAGAAGAAAGUUAUUAAGAAAAGAAUUAAGGAACUUAAAUUUCUAGAUCCUAAAAUUGCUCAGAACCUUUCAAUCUUCCUGAGCUCCUUCCGGGUGCCUUACGAGGAAAUCAAGAUGAUGAUAUUGGAAGUGGAUGAAACACAGUUGUCAGAGUCUUUGAUUCAGAACUUACUAAAGCAUCUGCCUGAUGAAGAGCAAUUGAAUUCAUUGUCCCAGUUCAAGAGUGACUACAACAACUUAUGCGAACCUGAGCAGUUUGCUGUUAAGAUGAGCAAUGUGAAGAGACUCCGGCCACGGCUCAGUGCUAUUCUCUUUAAGCUUCAAUUUGAAGAGCAGGUGAACACCAUCAAACCUGACAUCAUGGCUGUCAGUACUGCCUGCGAAGAGAUCAAGAAGAGCAAGAGCUUUAGCAAGUUGCUGGAACUUGUGUUGCUAAUGGGAAACUACAUGAAUGCUGGCUCCCGGAAUGCUCAAACCUUCGGAUUUGACCUUAGCUCUCUCUGUAAACUAAAGGACAUAAAAUCAGCAGAUCAGAAAACAACACUGCUUCACUUCCUGGUGGACAUAUGUGAGGAAAAGUACCCGGACAUCCUGCCUUUUGUCGACGAUUUUGCACAUUUAGACAAAGCUUGUAGAGUCUCUGUAGAAGUGCUGGAAAAGAAUUUGAAGCAGAUGGGAAGGCAGCUUCAACAGCUUGAGAAGAAUUUGGAAACCUUUCCCCCUCCUGAGGACUUGCAUGACAAGUUUGUGAUAAAGAUGUCCAGCUUUGUUAGCAGCGCAAAUGAGCAGUAUGCAAACCUCUCAGAGCUCCUAGACAACAUGACACAGUUGUACCAGAGUGUAAUGGCCUACUAUGCUGUUGACAUGAAGAAGGUCUCCGUGGAGGACUUUUUUAACGACCUGAACAACUUCAGAACUACAUUCAUGCAAGCGUUAAAGGAAAACAUCAAAAAAAGAGAAGCAGCAGAAAAUGACAAGCGUGCCAGAAUAGCCAAAGAGCGAGCAGAGCAAGAACGCCUCCAACGCCAGCUAGAGAAAAAGCGCUUACUAGAAAUGAAAACUGAGGCUGACGAGACAGGAGUGAUGGAUAGUCUGCUGGAGGCCUUGCAGUCAGGGGCUGCCUUCCGCGACAGAAGAAAAAGGACACCGAAGCCUAAAGAUAUUCGGCAGAGUCUCAGUCCAAUGUCUCAGAGGCCUGUUCUCAAAGUUUGUAACCAUGAAAACCAGAAAGCACAGUUGACAGAAGGGUCACGUCCACACCACAGUAUCAAUGGCAACUCCACCAGGACUCCAGUCGCCAAGGAGCUUAAUUAUAAUCUAGACACUCAUAAGUCUACAGGGAGGAUCAAGGCAGUCGAGAAGGAAGCCUGUAAUGCAGAAAGCAACAGAAAAAAGGAAAUGGAACUUCUUGGCUCUGUUUCGAAAAGCGAAUCAGUUCCUGAAGUUGAAACCCUGCUGGCAAGAUUACGAGCUUUAUAAAUUAAACUGGUUAAAAAAAAAAAAAUGAUUAAGCCAAGCACAAAGCCAUGCUUUCAGCUAUAACACUUGAAAAGUUGCUUUUAUGCAAGUGACUUUAUAUAGUUUUAAAUUAUGAUAUAUAUUAGAAAAAUAAAGCUAAAUACAUGAUUGCAAUGCUUUUCCUAUGUACUUGAAGUUCUGGCUUAUUCAAGAUUGUAAUGGGCUUUAAUGCUUUUUUGUCUCCUGGUGUUCAUCUGUUCUGUAUUUGCUGGUUAAAUUAGAUAUGUUGCCUUAGAGAACAAGGAGGCCACCAUGUGUUCAACCAUGUAUCUUUAAGACAGUGAUAUCCUUCUAAGUGUAAUGUUUACCACUUCAACCUUAAUGAAAGAUCAAUAAGGUGAAGACGUGGUAUCUGUCCAUAUAUAUUUCAUAUUUGCUAUCUGUAUAGGCCCAAAUGUUUUCAGUAUAGCAUCAAAAACAUAUAACUGUGUAUCAGACCUGUAAUAACCAGUACACUCACUAUCAUCAGUGUUGGCUCAUGUUAACUCCAAGGCAUGUUUCCAAAAAGGAUACAGUAGAAAUGUAUGCACUUUCUUUGCAACAUUUUGCAAAGUAGGAAUAUAACGUUGAAAUGUACACAGUAUCACAGUACUGGCCCAAACUCUGGGUUUUAGCUAAGAGAAUACUUUUACCUUCAAUAAUUAUGGCUCUGGAAGAAAAUUACCAUUCUGAAAUUUCCCAAGAAAUACAUUUUUAUUUUUAAACAAACUUAGGAUUUCAAUUUAAGUUGACAAUCAGUAAUUGUCGCAACAAUCUGAGUGUUUCAAGGAAAGUUUCUUUAUGCAAAUGUUUCAAUUGUACCUCAUUUGGUAUUGUUAAGUCCUUAUCAAAGAAAAUAAACUUGCUGCUUGCACUAAA